UUAAAAAAAUUAAAAUCAAAUAGAUUCGUUGCAAAACGCGGCCACAAACUGCGGGGCGCGCGUCGGCGGCUGUUGCUGUUGCUGCUUUGGUGUCUCCUCCUCCUCCUCCUCUCUUCUCCUCCUCCUCCGGCUGGGAGCUUCAGACAUCUUAGGAGAGGCGGAGGAGGGAGAGAUUUCCGGGCCCCCGAAGCGGACGGAGCUUUCCUUCCUUCCAGCCGAGCCCGAGCCAAAGCCAAGCCGAGCGCCGGGUCGCGCCUCUCGGAUUUUUACGCACCGCGCCGAGCCCAUGGGAAGCUGCUCCGGGGGACCCCGAGGGAGGAAGAUCGCGGCGUGGAACCGUCCCCUUGGAUCUGCUUUUGGCUUUUUUUUUUUGAUGCUUAAGUGUUUCAUUUGAUUUUUUUUUAAAUUUAUUUUUUGCAACCUCCUUAAAAAACACCCCGUCUCCCCCACCCCACCCCACCUCCCCAAAAUCCGCUCCACUGGGAGCUUCGCUCGGAUUUGCAGACGUCUUGUGGAUGCGCAGCCAAAGGAAUUAUUAUUAUUCUUAUUUUUUUUGUUAUUAUUGGGGUUGUUAAAAAAAAUAAAAAAGGGGGUCAGCGGCCUUGCAACGGAGCGGCUCGGGCAGGAAGGCACAACGGGACAUGGCCGGGGCGAGCAUCAUGCUCCCGAACUCCGGGAUCCCUUAGUGUGUCGCAUUGCUGAUUCUUAGGAGGGACCCCCCCCCCCAAAGAAGACUGCUCCGCCCACCCCCCCUCUGGCGAUGGCUGGAUCUACACAACCGGCAACCCAGACCUGGCGAGGGGCAGAGACCCACUACCCCUCCCACGCCAUGUCCUACCCCGUGGCAUUAAACCAGCCUCAUGUGGAUGUGAGUCUCUUGGAAUAUCAGCACCAUCCCAGAGAAUACCCUUCCCACCUGCCCCCAGGGUCUCUCUUACACCCCCAACGACGCAGACCCUCCCUGUUAUCCGAAUUUCAGCCGGGAAAUGAAAGAUCCCAGGAGACUCACACUCGGACCGAGUCCCAUUCGUAUCUCUCGGAUCUGAGCAAACCAUCGGAAAUCGAGUUUAUUGAGACCAAGCGGCCUCGGAUGGAGCUCUUACAGGAGCCGCUGCUGAGGCCUCCGACUCUGCUCAGCCAGGCCGGAACAGAGGGUUUCUCCAGGGAUCGAGGCAUUACUGGGAAACUGGAGCCCGUUUCUCCCAUCACCCCUGCCCAUCCUGACUCAGAACUGGAUCUGCUCCCGUCCCGGCUCUCGAAGGAGGAGCUGAUCCAGAACAUGGACCGCGUGGACCGAGAGAUCACCAUGGUGGAACAGCAGAUCUCCAAGUUGAAAAAAAAGCAGCAACAGCUGGAGGAAGAAGCGGCCAAACCGCUGGAGCCCGAGAAGUCCAUCUCUCCCCCACCCCUGGAGUCGAAGCACCGCAGCCUGGUCCAGAUCAUCUACGACGAGAAUCGGAAAAAGGCAGAAGCUGCUCACCGGAUCCUGGAAGGAUUGGGACCCCAGGUGGAGUUGCCCCUGUACAACCAGCCUUCGGACACGAGGCAAUACCAUGAAAACAUUAAAAUAAACCAGGCAAUGCGGAAGAAGCUGAUUUUAUACUUCAAGAGGAGAAAUCAUGCUCGUAAACAGUGGGAACAGAAGUUCUGCCAGCGGUAUGACCAGCUGAUGGAAGCUUGGGAGAAAAAAGUGGAACGCAUUGAAAAUAAUCCGCGGCGCCGAGCCAAAGAGAGCAGAGUCCGUGAAUAUUAUGAGAAACAGUUCCCGGAGAUCAGAAAGCAGAGAGAACUUCAAGAACGAAUGCAAAGCAGGGGAGGACAAAGAGGCAGCGGAUUCUCCAUGUCGGCAGCGCGCAGCGAGCACGAAGUGUCGGAGAUUAUUGACGGGCUCUCGGAACAAGAGAAUCUGGAGAAACAGAUGCGCCAGCUUGCCGUCAUCCCGCCAAUGCUGUAUGACGCGGAGCAGCAACGCAUCAAGUUCAUCAACAUGAACGGGUUAAUGGAUGACCCCAUGAAGGUCUACAAAGACCGGCAAGUGAUGAAUAUGUGGAGUGAGCAGGAGAAGGAGACCUUCCGAGAAAAGUUCAUGCAACACCCAAAGAAUUUCGGUCUUAUCGCCUCUUUCCUGGACAGGAAAACAGUGGCGGAUUGUGUCCUCUACUACUAUUUGACGAAGAAGAACGAGAACUACAAGAACUUGGUGAGAAGGAAUUACCGCAGGCGAGGGAAGAACCAGCAACAGCAACAACAGCAGCAACAGAUGCCCCGGAAUAACCAAGAAGAAAAAGAGGAAAAAGAAAAAGAUGCAGAGAAGGAAGAGGAGAAGCCAGAAUCUGAAAACGACAAAGAGGAACUGACAAAGGAGAAGAACGAGGACACGUCUGGCGAGGACAAUGAUGAGAAGGAAGCUGUCACCUCCAAAGGGCGCAAGACGGCCAAUAGCCAGGGCUGGCGGAAAGGGCGCAUCACUCGAUCCAUGGCCAACGAGGCCAACCACGAGGAGGUGGCUGUGCCCCAGCAGAAUUCUGAGCUAGCUUCUCUGGAGAUGAACGAAAGUUCUCGCUGGACCGAGGAGGAGAUGGAAACGGCCAAGAAAGGUCUCCUUGAACAUGGACGCAACUGGUCCGCCAUUGCCCGCAUGGUGGGGUCAAAGAGCGUCUCGCAGUGCAAAAACUUCUACUUCAACUACAAGAAAAGGCAAAACCUGGAUGAGAUUCUGCAGCAGCACAAAUUGAAAAUGGAGAAAGAAAGGAACUCUCGGAGAAAGAAGAAAAAGGGCCCCGUGAUCCAAAACGAGGAAAGAGCUUUUCCACCAGUGACCGAGGACGAAGAGAUGGGCCAGGAUGGGUCGGGCACCAGUGGCAACGAGGAGGAGAUGGCCGAGGAGGUUGAGGCAGAAGUUGCCGUUAAUAACAGCUCUGACACAGACAGCCUGCCUUCUCCAAGACUUGACACCAAAAAGCCUCCAGAAAACGAGUCCAAACCGAAUCCCGAGGCCGAAGAAGAGACCACGGUCAACACGGAGAAAGCCACAAUGUCCCCGGAAGCCAACGCCGUAGACUCCGCUGGUCAGCCGCCGGAUGGGGCUGAGCCUGGCCCAGCUGGGACAGAAAAGCCGCAGGAGGAAGCGAAAGUCGAUGUAAUAAAAACAGAAGAUGUAGAAGGAAACCCGAAGGACCCAGAAUCGGACAAGGCGGAGAUAAAAAUGGAGGAAGGGGCAAAUGUCCUGGAAGACAACAAGGCCGAUGACCAGAAAAACGAGACCAGUAAUGGGUUGGGGGCAGAGACCGAGGAGACCCCCAAGUUGGAGAAGGAGGAGUGCCCCAAAGCCAGCAAAACCGGAAGUGCUGCCUCGGAUAGCGAUUCUAGCGCCACAUGCAGCGCGGACGAGAUGGACGAGCAGGACCCGGCAGACAAAACCAAGUUGCCAACUGCCCGCUUAAGUCUCCUUGGUGCCCCCAACGAUGCCCGACUCAGCACCUCACCUCAGAAGCCUCUGGACCUGAAGCAGCUGAAGCAGAGGGCAGCUGCCAUCCCUCCUAUUAUUUCUGAAGGUGCGCUGGAGGGAGCGUUGCAGAGCGGGGCCACCAAAGCUCCGGCGCCUCCCCUCACCUUGGCCCUCUACCAGCAGCAGAACACUUUGGCCCAGGAGGAGGAGGAGGAGGAGGAGGAGGAGGAAACUGCACCUAGCAAGCCGCCCCCAUCGGAGAAGGAGCCCCCUCUUUGCUCCAGCACGAGCACCAGCCCUCGAGAUGCGCGAGGAGCUUCACAUCGGAGCCCGACUGAGGCAGACAAAGAGGAAAAACCGGUGCUUUUCACCCCCCUUCCAGAUGGACAGAAGCAAGGUGGAGAAUCCGCCACUACAACCUGUUGGCCGCCAGUCCUUCCCUACCAAGGCUCCUCGAGGGAUGUGAUCCGCACCUCACCACACACCGAGACUCACCCAUUUCAAUACAACCCUUCCGCAGCUCAUCCCAUUGCCUUGAAUGCUCACGAAAGUUCUCGGACAGGCCCACCAAGGUUGUCAGCCAUCUCCAAUCCUCCGCCUCUGAUCUCCAACAAGCAUCCCUCAGUUCUUGAAAGAACACCUGGCUGUAUCUCCCAGGGGGUACCUCUCCAGCUCCAUGGUCCAUUCAGUUCGGAGCACGCAAAAGUCUCCAUCGGUGCCAUCGCUGUGCCUUUGACGAUGGAUCCCAAGAAGCUGGCGCCGUUCUCUGGAGUGAAACAAGAGCAGCUUUCUCCUCGAAGUCAAGCUUGUCAACCUGAAAGCUUGGUUGUGCAGACCUCGCAGGAGAGCUCCGUUCUUCGAGGUACCUCCUUGUCAGGAGGAAGCAUCAUUAAAGGGAUUCCCAGCACAAGGCCACCCUCGGAAUCUACCAUCACCUAUCGGGGUUCCAUCACACAUGGCACCCCAGCUGAAGUGCUGUACAAAGGAACCAUUACCAAGGUAAUUGGAGAAGACAGCCCCAGCAGAGCGGAGAAGGCAAGGGACGAGGCUCUGCCCAAGGGACACGUCAUUUACGAGGGGAAGAAAGGACAUAUCCUGAGUUACGAUGGUGGGGUUGCUAACCAGGUCCCUAAAGAGAACAGCAGGAGCACCGCGGCAAUGCAGGAGAUGACCGGCGCCAAGAGAACGUACGACAUGAUGGAAGGGAGGACGGCCAGGCUGAUAUCCGGACGUGAACUUUCCUCUGCUAAUAUAGAAGGUUUAAUGGGCCGAGCCAUCCCUCCCGAGAGACACAGUCCACUCAACUUAAAGGAACCACAUCACAUCCGAGGCUCCAUCACGCAAGGAAUUCCUAGAUCCUAUGUAGAAUCUCCAGAAGACUAUCCCCGAAGGGAAGCCAAGCAACUCAAGAGGGAAAGCACACCACCAAGGGAUUUAUCAGAAGCCUAUAAGGUCAGGAGCCAUGAGUCCCUCACUCCGUUGAAGCUAAAAGCAGUUCACGAAGGACUGGUCACCACGGUGAAGGAAGCCGGGCGAUCGAUUCAUGAAAUUCCGAAGGAGGAUCUUCAUCGCACGCCCGAUCUCUCUCUAAUGGCCCGGCCUAUUAAGGAAGGAUCGAUUACCCAGGGUACUCCACUGAAAUACGACACAAACACAUCCACAAAUACCAAAAAGCAUGAUGUCCGGUCUAUUAUUGGCAGCCCGGGCAGGAAUUUUCAUCCCAUGCUCCCCAUGGAGGCCAUGCAGGACCCAAGGACGCUGGAAAGGGCUUAUGAGGACAAUUUGAAAAACAGGCCCAGCCCAGUGACGAACUCUGGUAGCUCCAUCACGAGGGGAGCCCCCAUGAUUAUGCCUGAGCCAGGGAAGCCUCGCCAUAGCCCCCUCACGUACGAGGACCACCAGACGGCUCAUGGGGCAGCUUUUGGAAGUCACCUGCAUCGAGGGUCCCCCGUCUCCACAAGAGAGGCAGCCCCUAGGCAACUUGAAGGAAGCAUCACGGCUGGGAAACCCGUGUCUCAAGACAGGAAGGUCACAACCACCUCCAGAGACAUCGCCAGCUCCAAAUCUCCUCAUACCCCACUUCCAGAACACCACCAUCCGAUGACUCCGUACGAGCACCUGCUCCGUGGAACAAGUGGCAUGGAUCUAUACAGAGGCCACAUUCCGCUGACCUUUGACCCUGCUGCCAUUCCCCGAGGGAUUCCCUUGGAAGCAGCUGCCUAUUACUUGCCGAGGCACCUUGCUCCUGGUCCUACGUACCCCCAUCUCUACCCUCCCUACCUCAUCCGUGGUUACCCAGACACCGCUGCCAUGGAGAACAGACAGACCAUCAUCAACGACUACAUCACCUCCCAACAGAUGCACCACAAUGCUGCCACGGCUACCACCAUGGCUCAGAGAGUCGAUCUGCUUCGUGGCUUGUCUCCACGAGAACCUUCCCUGGCUCUCAACUACGCAGCAGCAGGGAUAAUUGACCUGUCUCAAGUACCACAUCUUCCUGUGCUCGUGCCCCCCACCCCAGGCACCUCUGCAGCCUCCAUGGACCGCAUCACCUACAUGCACAGCGCUGCCCAGCCUUUCAGCAGUCGACACAGUAGCUCACCUCUCUCACCAGGUACCCCUGCACAUUUAGCCAAGACGGGACCCCCGGUUUCCGAACGGGAGCAAGAACGGGACCGUGAAAAGGAACGCAAGAAAUCAGUUGUGACCAGCACAGCCACGGUGGAGCACGCACCCAUCUGGAGGCCGGGCACCGAGCACAGCAGCGGCCGUACCUCCGCACACUCUCACAAGCACUCCCCAGUCUCCCCUCGCACCCAGGAGAACAUUCAGCAACGUCCCAGUGUGCUACAUAACACCAACAUGAAGAUAAUCUCUCCAGAAGGUCUCACUCCCUCCGUUUUGCGAUCUUCUUCUUCUUCCUCCUCUUCUUCUUCAUCAUCAUCCAUUGCCACCACGUCCCCAGCCUGCUCCUCUGGGUUCUGUCCGGCAUCGGCAUUGCGCAGCUCCAUGAGUGGCUUGGACAACUACGCCUCAGUGAUGGAGUCGGCUCAUGUGCAGAAGGAGGUCUCUUCCUCCAGGACCCAGGACAUCAAAAGCGAACGGUCUCAGCCUGAGACAAACCACCUGUUCACCUCAAAGUUGUCCGCGGGGCCAGGCCUAGAACAGACACCUUCACCUGUAAAAGCUACCGAGCCCAAGACUUUGUCCUCUUCUGGGCCGGGGGCGAGCCACCCGUUUAGCAGAGGACAGGGGAAAAUCCAGCCUUCGCAUCACAGCCCCCUGGACCCAUCACUGCACGCCGUUUCGGCCCCCGAGCAGCCGAGUAGAGAAAAGAGUAAACCCUUUUCAGUGCAGGAACAGGAGCUGCGAGUACUCGGUAAGACUACCAUGACAGCGGCCAACUUCAUUGAUGUCAUUAUCACGCGCCAAAUUUCUUGCAAUAAGGGGAGGCCCGAAAGAAGUUCAUUAAAUAACAGCACCAAUGGCGAUGUUUUCCGUGGGAACUACAGUCCUGAUGGCGUUGAAACCAUAAGCCCCGUGAACUCCCCCUCUGCCAUCCACGAGAAAGGGAUGAAGCUGACUCAAGAUAAGGAGACAGGUUCCCUCAAACCUUCAGUGACAGAGAUCUCACACAUGCAACAGCUCCACCAGAUCACUGAGGGUCAUCAGUCCCCGAGUCAGCCAUUGCAGGGACCCCCGAAUGCCAAAGGAAAUCAGCGUGUCGUCACCUUGGCCCAGCACAUCAAUGAAGUCAUCACUCAAGACUACACGCGCCAUCAUCCCCAGCAACUCAAUCCCCAUAUCCAGCCUCCCGUCUACUCCUACUCGGGGGCUGGUGGCCCUGUCCUGGAUCUCCGACGAGCUCCUGCCGAAUCUUACCUCCAGCACCAACCAAUGGAACAUGUUUCAUCUUCUAGAAUUUCCCCUGAAAAUGAACCAGACCAAAGGUCCCCUGAGCAAAUUAAAAUUCCAUCUUCAGACAACUGCAUCGAGCCAAUUUCUCCUCCUGAGGGAAACGGAGAAGCCGAGCGUGUCCGAAACAGCGCCUACCCCAUUCUGUACCGCGAGGCAGAGCAGUUGGAGCUGAGAGGAUGCACCCGAUCCCCUGGAAACAGCGUCCAACCGCCGGCCUUCUUCAGCAAACUGACAGAGAGCAAUUCCGCCAUGGUGAAAUCCAAGAAGCAGGAGAUCAUCAAGAAACUCAGCACGAGCAACCGGAACGAGGCGGAAUACAAUGUUGGACAACCUGGAACAGAGAUUUUUUACAUGCCAGCAAUGACAGGAACAGGGUUAAUCAGUUGUAGGAGCCAGGCGGUCCAAGAAAACCCCAGUUCCAACAUGGGGCUGGAGGCCAUUAUCAGAAAGGCUCUCAUGGGUAAAUAUGACCAUCGGUGGGACGAGCCCGCUCCUCUCAGUACCAAUGCUUUUAACCCUCUGAAUGCCAGCCCAAGCUUGCCCGCUGUUCUGCCUGUAACCUCUGCUGAAGGACAGAUUGACGAGAUACAUUCUUCCACGCCAGGAGGGGGGAAACCAAAGGCCGCCGCACGAGCGAACAGUCGGAAGGCCAGAUCUCCAGCGCCCGGCCUGUCCUCCUCCUCCGCUGAGAGGCCACCAUCCGUUUCAUCCGUUCACUCCGACGGGGACUGUAACAGGAGGACACCUCUAACCAACCGGGUUUGGGAGGACAGGCCAUCAUCCACAGGUUCAACGCCGUUUCCAUACAACCCCUUGACGGUGAGACUUUCCACAGGAGUCGUGACCGGCCCCCCACCCCCAACUGCCACCGUUCUGCAGGGCAACUCCGGUAGCCAGAACCACGGCUGGGAAGAGGAACCCAAACCUUUGCUGGUUUCACAGUAUGAGACCCUCUCGGACAGUGAAUGAGAAAAGAGAAGGGCGUGACGGGAAGACCAAUGGACAGAUGGAGGUGGUGGCUAUGGAACGGGUCAGGGCCGGCGGAUUCUGGGAGCUUGUCUCCUUCAGGCCAGCUGCCAGAGCUGUUUAGGGGGGUGGGGAGUCUUUUGUUUAUUUUUUUAUGACAUCUGGAAAGAGGGUAUUAAAAAAAACCCCACCACAAUAAAAGAAAGCUAAUAGGUUUAAAGCCUUAAAAACAACCAGGAAAUGGAGCCCACCGCCCACCCCAUCCGAUUUUGGAUGAGGGCUGGUGGCCAAGAGGAGGGAGGGGCUUUGAGAUGGCCAAGUCUACCAACACUCAGGGGGGUUUUCAUCUUCUCCGUCAAUUUUGUCCUUCAGCCCAGCAGAGAAAAGAGAGGGUGAAGGAAGAGUGUUGGCUUGGUCAACUCUCAGUGAGGCUCACCUUCCGGUAUUGGCCCAAGUACCUUCUUGAGAUGGGCUGCCGACCUAAUACUUGAAACACAAAUCAUCCAACCCCUUUUCCCGUAUCUCCUCGUCUUAGCUUAAUGAGGGACCGCCGCGGUGGAGCUGUGUGUUGUUGGUCAUCUAGAGAAGGUGACCCAAUAAAUUACAGAUCUCAUUUCUGGUCAUUCGAAGCAGGAGGGUCAGGGUGUUUCUCCUUGUUCUGUGCCCUUGUAGACACCAAAGUGUGCGGCUGAACUUGCAAUAUGUUAGAAGCAAGUAGACGGAACUUGGGGUUCAAGAGAUGGACGUCAAGGAGAAAAACUGAAAGAGAUAAGGUUGUUUGGGACAACAGGGAGAAGGAAUUGGAAUAUCCAUCAGAGAUAAUUCCUCUAGUUAGGGGAUUGACUAUGGAUGGAGAACAGAAGAGGCAGCUGUUGAAAUGUACCAAGCUCUCAAAACGCUGCUGUGGGUAUCAUCUAUAGCAGUGUUUCUCCACCUUGGCUCCUUUAAGAUGGGUGGACUUCAACUCCCAGAAUCCCCCUGGGCUAGGGGAAUUCUGGGAAUUGAAGUCCACCCAUCUUCCAUCUGGCUGCAAUGGAGAAACACUGAUCUACAGGGUAUAUUUUUGUUACAUUUUGGGGGGAAAUGAUGCCAGAUUAUUUCAGAGGGUUAUUUUUAAUUCUCGUUUUUUUUGGGGGGGGAGAGGAAGGACUCUAAAACAGUGUUAUAUGCUGCUUUUUUUUGGUCGCUACUCUUGUACAAAGAGGGUUUCUAUGUGGCGUGCAAGAUUUUUUGAGCUGUUUGUCCAUUGUAUGGAAAUGUCAAGAAGUAACCAUGACCCAGCAAAAUGGUUCUGUAAUUCAGUAGAAUGUAUUAACGUAGCUCUUUUAUUAAAAAAAGAAAUGUGAAUAUCUAUAUAUAUAUAUAUAGAUAUAUAUAGAUAGAUAUAUAUAGAUAUAUAUAUAUAUAAAUAUUAAUGCAGACAAACACAUACAAACACACACAGAUACACAUUCACACAUAUCAUUUCUGGAGCCUUUUAUCACCUGUAGGGACAAAGCAAGGGAGGCUAUCGUAUUUUUCAAAAAAUUCUCUCGAGAAAAAUAAGAGAACCUUGCAGGAAAGUUGAAAUAGGUAGUUUUCUGUGUGCUUAUUCAAUUGGGGCAGGGGUUUGAGGAGAGGCUCCCCUUCCCCCCUCCCCUUUUUAACUUUCACAAACCACCAUGACUAUAAUUCAAAGUGAAUAUUCUCAUUUUGUCAUUGGUUUUUUCUUCCUUUCGUUUCCCUUGUCCUACCCAUGAACAGUGAAAUCUCAACCUCGGUAACUUUAAGCUUCCAGAAUUCCCCAGUCAGCCAUGUUGGAAGUCCAUAUUUCUUAAAGUGGAUAAAAUUGAGAAAUUCUUUUCUUAGAUGGAUGGUUGUCAAAAUAUUUUUCUUACUGAAUUCUUGAAGCCAAGGAUCCGAGAUAGUUGAGUCUUUUCUGGAGCAGACAAGAGCCAUGUUGGCAUAGCUGAAAAAAGGACAAUAUCACACGGUUGGUGUCACCCCAUUGUUUAAAUUUGUUUCUACAGUGAAGUUUGCUUUCCCAACCAUUUUUCUUCUAACUCAUCCUCUUCAUUUUCUCCUAUUGAUGCAGCUGCUUGUUACAGUAUAUUAAACUCCGGCAUGCAAUAUUAAAUUUUUGCAAAACUGGCAUAUGUAAACAAAAGCUCAGAAAAGAUUUCAUGGAUUGGGGGGGGGGUGUUACGAGGACUCUCUCUCUGUUUCCCUUUUGUUAAGACUUCUGGAUUUCUGAGGCUGAAGGAUUCGGCCUAGUGGGGCUAAGGAAUGCCCCCACUUUCCAAACCCCCAGUUAAGUCUUGACAAUGAAGGACCUGCAAUCAAAGGAUGCGUUAGCACAGAACCUGGAAGGAUGUUCUGGUGAUAGACAAAUGAUGUGGGGAAUAAAUUCUAGAGUUCAAGAACAGUGCAGCCUCUGUUAUAAAAAGCAACCCAAAAACCUACUUGGGGCAAGGCCAGAUUUUGCUGAGUACUAUCUCACAAGGAACAAAGAAAAUCAAGAAGCUGCUCUUAGAUAGUUGAAGGGACGUGGUGGCUCAGUGGCUAAGAUGCUGAGCUUGUUGAUCAGAAGGUUGGCGGGUUCAACUGUUUGAAUCCCUAGGACCGCAUUACGGGGUGAGCAUCCCAUGACUUGUCCCAGCUUCUGCCAACCUAGCAGUUCGAAAGCAUGUAAAAAAAUGCAAGUAGAAAAAUAGGGACCACCUUUGGUGGGAAGGGAAGAGCGUUCCGUGCGCCUUUGGCGUUGAGUCAUGCCGGCCACAUGACCACGGAGACGUCUUCGGACAGCGCUGGCUCUUUGGCUUUGAAACGGAGAUGAGCACUGCCCCCUAGAGUCGGGAACGACUAGCACGUAUGUGCGAGGGGAACCUUUACCUUUACCUAGAUAGAUAGUCAGGGCCAUGGUGUUCUGCUAUGUCUUAAAAAGACUGUCCAGCUUCCUUCUUUGAAGAACCUCAAUGUUCUUCCGGGACAGGAAAUAUUUAAGCAUGCCCAUGUACAUCCCACACACCCAGUUUUCCACACAGAUCAUGCAUCUGCCUUAAACAGAUUCAAAUCCAGUCAGUGUCUGUCCACCUUUUACCUUACAAGGGAGGUGAUGUUUUUUGUUGUACUUGGGGGGGUGUUCCUAUGUUGUUUAUUCUUGGUCCUCAUCGACCACAAAGCUCACAAGAACCAUCGAUAGGCAAGCAAACAAAACUAAUGGUAGAAGAGAAGGGACACCCACCCACCCACCCACCCACCCAGCCUGCCACAACUUUGCCCAUCUAUCCAUUGUCUUCGUUUUGAAAACUGCCAAUUACUCGUCUUGCUUUUGAGCGUUGUAACUGGGAAGGGGGCCAAUCUAUUUUAGAUCAAAAGAGUAACCCACCUGCCACACGUGCCUAGAAGUUGUUGAGAAGAGUGAUUGACAAUGGAGGCUCCACUAUCAGUUUUGGGUUGUUGGGUUUUUUUUGCCUUUGGAAUCUCAGUUUUGUCGUCAGAAAACCUCUUCAAACCAAAUCUUGUCUUCACAUCUCGCCUGUGCUGUGGGAAAGAAAAGCCCAAAAUACCUUGAUGACGGUUGCAAAUUACCUUGGUUUUUACCCAGAAUGAUAGUUCCUAUCUUUCAUUCUUCAGUAGGAUUUUUUUUUUCUCCUUUGAUCGAUCAAAGCCAAAUCUUUAACUCAUCAAUCGUUGAAGCUCCUUGAGGAACCUCACGAUAGACCAGAAAACCUUGAUUUUUGUUUCAUCGAAUUAUCUCCUGAUCUGAUCUUUCAAGUUGAUUUGGGUCACCACGAGGUCAGUUCCAAGAAGUCAACCUUUCUCAUUUCCUUCUUGAGCGCUGCCGUAAAAGUGGUUUGCCCUUAUUCUUUGGCCAACACAAAGCUCUUCCCUGGAGGACCACAUCCAGAGAAGGAGUGACCUUUGCAGUUGGCUCACAAAUUCAGGAAACCCACGUGCAGAAUGGCCUUUUUGAACUGGACAUAAAUACAUACCAGUUGAUGUCCUUCAGCUCAGCAAGAGUGGAGCCCUCACAAUUCUUUGCUUUUAGCCAUACCUUGUCCAACUGUUGUUGAAGACGUAGACUUUUCAAAGGUGCCAGGUUAUCUGGCGCUGCUUGGAGAGCUCCAGACUUACUCAAGGUUCAUAAAAGACAAACGUGUGGUGCAGAUGGAUAGAAAAUGCCCUGAGCGCUUUGCUUCAACCUGUCUUUUCUUCCCAAAGCUUCAGACGGCUUUGCUUUAGACCUUCCGACAGCUUUGUAAAUUUCCUAUUUGUAGCAUCGCCUCCUCCUCCUCCAACCCCAACUUCUUAGUUCAGCUUAGGAGGGCUAACUCGGCACUUAUUCACCCGGGCUGAAAUCACACUUUACUCUAGUCCAGGGGUCUCCAACCUGGCAACUUUAUGACUUGUGGACUUCCAACUCUCAGAAUUCCUCAGUCAGCAUUUUGGGAGUUGGAGUCUACAAAACCAUAAAGUUGCCACGGUUGGGAGACUCCUGCCCUAGUCUGCCUUGGACCGUGCACAUACAGACACAUACACGCCACUGGAACACAACACAGAGGCGUCCCUUGCCGGAGUUUGCAAACAGUACAUUCCAGGAAGGGAUUUUAUGAUCCAAAAACAAAACGAAACAAAACCCAACCUUCCUUUCCAAAGGUGAUUUCUGCAUUGUAUUUCUUUCUGUGUAUUUGUGAGUGUAUGUGUUUACAAACACAGGCACGUUCUCUUGGAUUCUCUGGAUACCUACUGUGUUUGUGUGUGUGCAUGUACCCUAGUAGAAAUGCAAUGACUCAUCUUUUUGAGUGCCUGAAUCUGGCCUUGCACGCUGCUCAAGGGCAACUGAGUCAUGGCAACUGGUCUUAUUUUCUUUGGGGUUUGAAAUGUUUUGAUGUUUCUCCAACCUUCUCCUCCUUCUCCUUCCUCCUCCUCCUCCUCCUCCUUCUCUCUUGUCUUCUCUUCUUCCCUAGUCCUUUGCUUUUUCUUCUCUUUCCUCCCCCCUCUCCCCUUUCCUUCCCUCCUCCUCCUCCCUCCUCCUUGUCCUCCUCUACUUGGACUAGCAGCAAAACAUUUCAAAUCGAAAAAGAGAGGAACUCCAAUUGCCCUGGCUUAACAUUCCAGACAACUCUUCCCCGUAUCUGGAUGACUGAGAAUCUUCACGGACCUCCCCACAGGCAUGUUUGCAUGCCAAAUCGAUCUUGGCAAAACCUCCAUCCCACCCACUCUCCCAACUCCACCCCACUCAGAGAGGCAGCAGAACCCCCUCUGCCCACGGUUAGCUCCAUGCCAGGUGAACCCCAAGCACUGCAUCCGCUUCAGAGGAAAGCCACAAUGUCUACACGUUGCAUCAUUGACGUCUGUUUGAGUGACAUACGAUAGGUCUUAACCGUGCUGUUUGCAAUCACCUUUUUAAAAAGUAAAUAAAUAAUAAAUAAAUUGUGCAAUCUGGACGGGUGGGGGGGGAGGGGAGAGGAAGCUAUGUUAACCUAUUAAAAGUUUGAAGUGUUCUCUGCUUUGCUGUUUGUACAAACACACACCCACACAAAAGGAGAAGAGCAAUGUUAUUGUUUGAACUGUACAAGGGUGCGUGGGGGUGGGAGAGAGGGGGGGGGGAAAUACCUUAUCUUUUGUACAACCAAACUGUGCAUAGUGAGUUGUAUGAUAGAAACACGACUUGUACAUAGAAAACUGCAAAUUGUAAAUAUUGAUGCAGCUUGCUCUAAAAAGGUUCUCUCUCUCUCUCUUUUUUUUUUUCCUUUCUAUGAAAAGUGAAGUUUUGUUCAUUGUUCUUGUUCUCAUUUUGUUGGGUUUUUUUUUUGUUGGGUUUUUUUGCUCAAAGCCGGCCACAAGGCAAGUGGCUUGGCAGUGACAAAGCACUGCCUUCCUGUUUCAAUAACGAAUAAAAACAAAACAAAAAAAAGAAAGGGAAAAGAUUUUUCCAGUUAA